AUGUCAUCCAACGUUGCCUUGAACGUGAAGCUUCAUUCCCCUGAUGACUGGGACCAUUGGGAGAACGAGCUUCUCAAUCAGGCAAGAGCCAAGGAUGUUAUCAGAAUCUUGCAAGGAACUGAGGAACCCCUCAAGAAGCCUACAAAUCUUCUAAAUGAUGACUUCUUGACGGCUCCGGUAGCCCCAACAAACCUAACCGGUGUGAAUCGUAUUGGUGCUGCAGCCUCAGCUGGAAGACGGCACCGUAACAAUACGGCAAUCCAAGGCGAGGAUACUCAGCCUACUCCAACUCCAGAUUCGCAGGAGACCGUCCAAGUAGAAACCAUGAACAGGAGUACUCAUGCUGACGGAGAGUUGGACAGAGCUAUAAAAAUGUUCAAUGUUCGCCUCAAUCUAUACAAGCAACGUUACUUUGAAUGGAGCGAACAGAAGAAGGCAAUCGAACAAAUCUUCAUCUGGAUGAAGCAGACCAAGGAAGCUUAUAUCAAUCUUAAGGAACAAGUCAAUCAAGGAAGAUAUAUCUCUCAGAGGCGUAUCAAGGACGAAUAUGAUCAACACUUAAGAUCUCUGAAACCCUCCACUAGAGAUCUUGAAGCGUGGAUCAUCAAAUGGGAGGAAUUACUCCUUGAAGCUGAAGGAAAGUCUAUGGUGAUUGCAGAUGAUGUCCUAGACUGGUCAACGCGAUUCCUUGAUGCUAUUCGCCCACUAGAUGACGCAUGGACUACAGCAUAUGAGAUCACUAUUGAAGAGAAGAUCGAGGACGGCACUCUUACUAGAAGAGAACUAGCGAAUGCCUUCCGACGCAAUCUUCGUAAAAUCCGGAAUCGACGACCGUCUCGUGUAUAUAGAGGAUCGUUUGCGGUUCAGGAAGAAAGGAUGGAUGAUGACUCCGAUGAGGAGAGCUACCAUUAUGGUCGACAACCAAGCCGUUCACUGGAACGUAAGCGAGGACGCACUCGCUCACGAUCUCGCUCCAUUGGACCUCCUCGCAAGAAGAAGAACCAAGAAAAGGACCUUGCUGCACUAUCAAUUAAUGAGUAUCCACUAAAGCACUCAGCUUUGCUGGAUUCAGGAUCCUCAAUUCACGUUUUCAAUGAAUUUGAAAGAUUCAUCAACUUUAGAAAGGCACAGGUUGGAGAUUUCCUGUGGGCAGGAAGUAACCAAGUGCCUAUUCUUGGAUAUGGAGAAGUUGAUAUCCAAGUCCACGGCUUAGGCGGAAUGCUUCGAAUUUUGAGACUUUACAAUGUUGCAUAUUGUAAGGACUUCGUGGCAAAUCUAGUCUCCUUCUAUCAACUCAGAAAACAAGGAAUCUGGUGGGAUACUCGAAGAGGAUAUAACUGUCUCCGUGGAAAAACUGAUCAAGUUCUUGCUUAUCUAAAAGAGAAGGAAGGUCAGUUCGUACUUGAAUAUAUCGAACAUGACCACCCUCUUGUAAAAACCGGCUUUGUAAUACGACGCCACAGAUUUAAUUCCUGGACAUCCAGAAAGGAAAGGAAAGCUGAUGCUAAUCGCUGGCAUGCUCGUCUUGGCCAUCCGGGACCAGAAGUCUUGAAGCAUCUCGCCGGAGCUGCUAAGGGUGUCAGACUGACCAGAAUAUCUAAGGGACCAACUACUGUUGAAUAUGAAUUGUGUGGAACAUCAAAGGCACAGAGAAUAAUUAGACGAGAAGAACGAACUCCUCCAUAUGCUCCUGGUGAACACCUUGCUAUUGACUUUCAUGACUUUGCAGAAAGCACAAUACAUAGAGAGAAAACACUAAUGCUAAUAACUGAUCGAUUCAGUGGUUUUAUGUGGGACUAUUAUAUGACGUCGCACCGAGGAGAUGAGAUUUUAGAAACUCUAAAAUGGUUUCUUGAUUACCUAGAGAAGGCCUAUAUGAUUAGCCCGGUUAAGAUUGAAAUGGAUAACGAGAUUGCAAAACGACCGGAGGUGAAGCAUUAUCUAGAACAUAAGAAGCGCAUUAUCCUCCAACCUUCACCUGCUCAUACCCAAGCAUUGAAUAGAGGUGCUGAGCGCUCUGGAGCUAUUAUCAAGACAAAAGGAAGAAGUAUGAGAAAAGGUGCAAGGUUACCCUUUGAUCUGUGGCCAGAAAUUGUACGAGCUGCAGUCUAUCUUUAUAAUCAGACUCCUCGCUAUGCUUCAAACUGGAAGACGCCAUACGAUCGAUUCACCACUCACGCUGCCUGGAAAAAUAGAAUUGUCAUUGAAAACCAGAAGCCUCAACUUGCUCACCUUAAGGUAUAUGGUUGCAAGGCAUACGCACUCACAACAGAAUAUAUGAAAAAGGAGAAUCGUCUCCAACGUUUCAACCCAAGAGCCUGGAUAGGAUAUCUUGUCGGAUACGACUCAACAAACGUGUAUAGGAUUUGGAACCCGACAACCGGAAGGAUUAUAAGAACACGGGACGUGAUUUUCAAUGAGGAUGAGGUCUUUAGCGGAAACAUUGAACAUCUCAAAGAUGACCUCCUUCAUGUGUCAACCCAGGAAAUAACACGAUUACUAACCAAACUAGACCUCGGAACAGAUGCAGACUUUGAUGAUGAAUAUGCUGACUUAAUAGACCACAUGAUGGAUGUGGUAUUUGAUGGAGACACGGUGAAUAUUGAGCCCGACAGGUUAACAAGGUCGGCAACUGGUUCAGGAUCUCAGGAAUCAAGUCAGCUUGAUUCUCGUGAUCUGAGCGGCCCAACUUUGACGACAGGAGAAGGAUUAUUAGAUGGGAUAGAUAAAUAUACUUAUCCUACACCUCCGGAGACGCCUCCGAGCGCUCUGUUGGCGGCUAGUAUAACUAUCGUCUCAAAUAAUGAUUUUGACCUUCACCAGAGCUCUGCACUCGCAGCUGGAAUGUCAACUGACGGGGAAUGUACCGGUGGUACUCUCGUUCAGGAAGCAACUGCUAGGGAACGCAUCGGUGGUGCUCCUAGUGGUGUAGGCACGGACAGAACCGGUGGUUCGCGUGCUGAUUUUGAGGAACGCACCGGUGGUGCUCUCGAUCUGCGUGACUCCAUCGGAUCGCCUCAUUUGAUCGCUUCAUUAGAUGAGACGAUCCAUGGCAAGCAAUUCCCUGGGGAUGGGUUCGGUGAAUCACUCAGGAAGAAUAGGGAAUGUCUCGGUGAGACUCCUAUUAGAACCAACGCCGCUUCCUUGACUACGCAACAAGGAGAGCUCAAUCCUUGGAGGUUUGCUUUCCUAGCAGGCACACGACAUCGUCAGUAUAAGGUGAAUACAAUUAAAUUUGACCAUGCAAGUCUCCAACAACGUUUAAGGUCAGGACGUCGACUUCAGUCACUUCUAGUCCGCGACCUGCCGCCUGCUCCCAAGAGUCAUCGUGAAGUGGAAACUCACCCUCUAGGAUGGUUAUUUGAAGAGGCCGAGAAAGCUCACCUCAAAAGUCAUGAUCUAUAUAGAUCUUGGACAACAGUGCCUAUCGGAAAGGCAAAAGGAAAGCAGAUUCUCGAUUUCAAGUGCAAGGCACGACUUGUGGUAAGAGGUGAUCAAGAGAAAAGAGAUGAUAUGAGAGAUACCUAUGCUGCUACUCUUGCUGCGAGAUCCUUUAGGACGUUUAUGGCAAUAGCUGCGCGCUUCGACCUAGAACUUAAGCAAUAUGAUGCUGUUAAUGCCUUCGUGAACGCCAAAUUGGACGAAGAAAUUUUUAUGAGAAUGGCUCCUGGAUAUCGUGAAUCUGGAAAGAUUUAUCAACUGAACAAAGCCCUCUACGGACUGCGUAGAUCACCACUUUUAUGGCAAAAGGAACUCACCAGCACCCUCAUAAAAUUGGGUUUCAAGGCCGUGCCUCAUGAACCGUGUUGCAUGUUAAAGUCUGGCGUCAUGCUGUUCUUUUAUGUGGAUGAUAUUGUUGUCGCGUACAAGAAGAGCCGCCAACUGGAAGCUAACUUGAUUCUGAAUCAACUUCGCGCCAAAUACAAUAUAUCUGGAGGAGAGGACCUAGAGUGGUUCCUAGGCAUGAGGAUCAUACGAGACCGAAGCAAUAAGAUGAUCUGGCUCAGUCAAGCCACCUAUAUCGACAAAAUCGCUAAGUUAGCUGACACUCAACAAGCUGAUGAUACACCAAUGUCCCGAGAAGAAUUGCUUCCAUACGAAGGAACGGCCACUUAUAAGAAGCAACAUCAAUAUCAACGCAAAGUUGGCUCAAUCAUGUACGCGGCAGUAAGCACUCGACCUGACGUGGCUUUUGCCGUCUCACGGCUGGCCCGGUUCUUGUCAAAUCCAGGACCCGAGCACCAUAAAGCUGCCGACAAGGUUUUAUGUUAUCUUAAACGCCAUCAUGCGUACGCUUUAAGGCUUGGAGGAGGUGAUGAUUUCUCAGUAUCAACAGAUGCCUCAUUUGCAGAUAAUACACUUGACCGUAAGAGCUCACAGGCAUAUGUCAUGACACUUUUUGGAGGAACGAUAGGAUGGCAAGCCAAUAAACAGGAUACGGUAACAACGUCAACUACUGAAGCCGAAUUGUUAGCUCUAGCUCAGGGGGUGAAGGAGGGCAAGUACGUUCUUCGACUCCUCUUAGAGUUAGAUAUUCGAUUUCAAACACCUACCCUUCACGUUUACUGCGAUAAUCAACAAACGUUAGGACUGUUAGAGAAAGACGCUCCACGACUGCGUACAAAGCUUCGACACGUUGAUAUUCACAAUCACUGGGUACGACAAGAGGUGCAGAACGGAGAUGUCCAAGUGCACUACAUGCCUACCAAAGACAUGAUUGCCAAUGGUCUUACCAAGGCUCUCAACCGACAAGAGCACCAUAUCUUUCUUAAGCAAAUAAGAGUUGAUGACAUUGGUGAACGUCUCGCUCCCCAGCAGAAGGAUAUGGAGAACCCGGAUAUCGAGGAACUGCUUUCUCUCAACGACAUGCCCGAUAAUAUAUGA